AUGCCGGCUAUGCUAGCGAUGCGCCAAUUCACACCGCCGCGAGGGUUGCGAUGCUAUGCUGGUAGCUACGUUUACGUCAGUAUUCAGGAAGAUGUCUGCUCCGACAGUCUCAUGUUCGACGAAGUCCUGGCAAUGGUUGAUGGUGACAUAAAGAAAAAUAAUACAAACUACAGGGAGGCAAUUUCUAGCCGGGAGCGGCUGGCAAUUUGCUUGAGAUUCCUGGCAACUGGAGAUACAUAUACAACAAUCAGUUUCAGCUACAGAAUUGGGAUAAGCACAGUUGCUAAUAUCGUAGAAGAAGUGAGUGAUGCAUUAUGGCUACGCUUGCAACCAGAGUUCAUGCCAACACCAAAUGAAGCUCUGUGGCGACAAAUUGAGAAAGGAUUCAAAGAAAGAUGGAACUUCCCUCACUGCAUAGGCGCAAUUGACGGGAAACAUGUUGCAAUCCAGGCACCCCUCACUCUGGUUCUAGCUUUUAUAAUAUUAUAA